AUGUAUCACUCGCUGCAAAUGCACUUCAGUUCCCGUUCACACUUCAACCCAUUCGCAAGUAUGUUUCUGCAGUUGGUUGGAUUUGUUCUAGCCAUCGUGUUGUCGUUAUUUGCGUGGAUCCACCGUCGUUACCACUUUUGGAAGGAUCGUUCCGUCGCCUACAUCAAGCCCCGCUUUCCGUUCGGUAACUUUGCAACGCUCGGCAAGGUCGAGCACAUUGCACCGAUCACCCAGCGGCACUACGAUCACUUCAAGCGCCAGAACGUCCCGUACGGUGGUGUGUUUAUGCUAACCUCGCCGCUGCUCUACAUCUUCGACACGAAGCUGAUCAAGCAGCUGCUGGUGAAAGACUUCCAUCACUUCCCGAACCGUGGCGUUUACUUCAACGAGCGCGAUGAUCCACUGUCCGCCCACAUGUUCGCGAUCGAGGGUCAGAAGUGGCGUACGCUACGGGCAAAACUAUCACCCACGUUCACUUCGGGCCGUAUUAAGAUGACCCUUCCGCUUAUUACGCAAGUUUGUGAACGGUUCUGUGAGCAUCUGAACCAGUCACUGCAGUCCUCUGAUGAGGUUGAAGUGCAUGAUCUUCUCUCCCGCUACACGAUCGAUGUGAUAGGGGCGUGUGCGUUCGGGAUCGAGUGUAACAGCUUCCGGGAGCCGGACAAUGAGUUCCGCCGGUACGGUAAGAUCGCGUUCGACAAGCUGCGCCAUUCGCCGCUGGUCGUGUACCUCAUGAAGGCGUUCAGGGCGCACGCGAACGCCUUGGGCAUGAAGCAGCUGCACGAUGACGUUUCUGGGUUCUUCAUGCGCGUGGUCAAGGACACGGUCGAGUAUCGCGAGCGCGAGCAGAUUGUACGGAACGACUUUAUGGAUCUGUUGCUGAAGUUGAAAAACACUGGGCGGCUUGAGGCUGACGGGGAAGAGAUUGGAAGGCUAACGUUCGAGGAGAUUGCUGCACAGGCGUUCAUUUUCUUCACCGCUGGGUAUGAUACUUCAUCAACCGCCAUGUCCUACACACUGUACGAGCUGGCGCUGAAUCCUGAGGUGCAAGAACGGGCCCGAGAGUGUGUGAAGCAGACGCUCCAGAAGUACGAUGGGAAGCUUUCCUACGAAGCUGUAUCCGAGAUGAGCUAUCUCGAGCAGUGUAUCAGUGAGACACUGCGCAAACAUCCACCGGUGGCGAUACUGGAGCGUAACGCCGAUAAUGACUACCGAUUGCCGAACAGUGGGCUGCUGCUGCGCCGUGGUCAGAAGAUUAUGAUACCGAUCUACGCGAUGCAUCACGAUCCGGCACACUUUCCCGAGCCGGAGCAGUACCGGCCGGAGCGUUUCUCGCCCGACGAGGUGGCAAGACGUGAUCCCUACUGCUAUCUACCGUUUGGAGAAGGGCCACGUGUAUGCAUUGGGAUGCGAUUCGGCUCGAUACAGGCCAAGUUGGGGUUGGCCAGUUUGUUGGAUCGGUUCCGGUUUAGCGCUUGCGACCGGACCCAGAUACCGGUACAGUACUCGAGGACCAACUUCAUUCUUGGCCCGGCGAACGGUGUUUGGUUGCGGGUGGAGGUGCUUGCGUGAUGGGCUUUAUUGCUUUCUUUUAAAGGAGAAUUGAGAAAGGAAUAAAGAAAUAAAACAACGCAUGAAGAAUGAGGCAGAACACAGAAACCUUAAGAUCAUUCAUUCU